CUUCACCAUUUUGUAAAGUACUCUUUAAACAUUCAAAUGGGAAUGAGCUUACGCUAGAAAAGAAAAAUUCUAAUUUAAAAAAAAUAUAAAAUAAAUCACAAAAUUGUGCUGAAAAUAUAAAGGAUAAUAUUAAAAAAGUGCCAGUCAGCGUGAAAUAGAAUUCAAUUGAUAUUAAAAGCGAAAGGAAGUACAAAACUAUAGAACAACCAAACAAAAAUCCCAUUUUACAAAAAAGGAAACGAACGAACGAAGCACACACACAUUUUGACACACACAAUAUGGAGAGCUUUACUCCGAAGGAUGUGAAAAUCCUCGAAACCGUUGAGGACAUUCAAGAACGUCGUGAGCAGGUACUCUCACGUUACAAUGAUUUUAAAAUCGAGACCAGACAAAAGCGUGAGAAGCUCGAAGAUUCGCGUCGCUUUCAAUACUUUAAGCGUGACGCCGAUGAAUUGGAAAGCUGGAUAAACGAAAAAUUGCAAGCAGCCAGCGAAGAGAGUUAUCGUGAUCCGACAAACUUGCAGGCAAAAAUUCAAAAACAUCAGGCAUUCGAAGCUGAAGUAUCAGCUCAUAGCAAUGCAAUUGUUUCGUUGGACAAUACCGGUCAGGAGAUGAUCAAUCAGCAGCAUUUUGCUUCGGAGACCAUUCAGAGGCGUCUGGAUGAACUCCAUCGCUUGUGGGAGUUGUUAUUGAGUCGUCUGGCCGAAAAGGGACAGAAACUGCAACAGGCUUUGGUGUUGGUGCAAUUCUUGCGUCAGUGCGAAGAAGUUAUGUUCUGGAUUAAGGACAAGGAAGCAUUUGUAACUGCCGAUGAAUUCGGACAGGAUUUAGAGCAUGUCGAAGUAUUGCAACGCAAAUUCGACGAGUUUCAAAAGGAUAUGGCUUCGCAAGAAUAUCGCGUUACAGAGGUUAACCAAUUGGCUGAUAAGCUAAUUCAAGAUGGUCAUCCUGAAAGGGAUACUAUUACCAAGAGGAAGGAAGAGUUGAAUGAGGCUUGGCAGAGGUUGAAGCAGUUGGCCAUCGUCAGACAAGAAAAAUUGUUUGGAGCUCAUGAGAUUCAGCGAUUCAAUCGUGAUGCUGAUGAGACUGUUGCAUGGAUUGCCGAGAAGGAUGUAGUUUUGUCAUCGGACGACUAUGGCCGUGAUUUGGCUAGUGUCCAAACCUUGCAAAGGAAGCAUGAGGGUGUUGAGCGUGAUUUGGCUGCCUUGGAAGACAAGGUUUCAACUCUUGGCGCUGAAGCUCAGCGACUUUGCUCGAUUCACUCUGAUCACAGUGAUCAGAUUCGUGACAAGCAAUCUGAAAUCGCCGACUACUGGCAAAGUCUCACUGCUAAGGCUAGAGAGCGCAAGCAAAAACUUGAUGAGUCAUACUAUUUGCAUCGUUUCUUGGCUGAUUUCCGUGAUUUGGUUUCAUGGAUCAAUGGCAUGAAGGCAAUCAUCUCUGCUGAUGAAUUAGCCAAGGAUGUUGCUGGUGCUGAAGCUCUUUUGGAACGUCACCAAGAACACAAGGGAGAAAUUGACGCCCGUGAGGAUAGUUUCAAACUGACAACCGAAUCCGGACAGAAAUUGUUGGAGCGUGAGCAUUAUGCUGCUGCUGAAAUCCAAGAAAAAUUGGCUGCUUUGGAAAAUGACAAGAGUUCGCUCUUAUCCCUCUGGGAGGACCGUCGUAUUUUGUAUGAGCAGUGCAUGGACUUGCAAUUGUUCUACCGUGACACCGAACAGGCUGACACUUGGAUGGCAAGGCAAGAGGCUUUCUUGGCAAAUGAGGAUCUUGGUGAUUCACUCGAUUCCGUUGAAGCUUUGAUCAAGAAGCAUGAAGAUUUUGAAAAGAGUUUAGCUGCUCAAGAAGAAAAAAUCAAGGCUUUAGAUAUCUUUGCUACCAAGUUAAUUGAUGGACAGCAUUAUGCAGCUGAUGAUGUUGCUCAGCGUCGUCAAAUGCUUCUUAAUCGUAGAUUGGCUUUGCAGGAGAAAUCUUCAAGGAGAAGGCAGUUGUUGGACGACUCAAACCGCUACCAACAAUUUGAACGAGAUUGCGAUGAAACUAAGGGCUGGAUUAGCGAGAAGCUUAAAUUCGCCACUGAUGACAGUUAUUUGGAUCCAACUAAUCUUAACGGAAAGAUGCAAAAACAUCAGAACUUUGAGCAUGAGUUGAAUGCUAAUAAGUCUCGUAUUGAAGACAUCACAACUGUCGGAACCGAAUUGAUUGAGAAGAAGCAUUAUGCAGCUGAUCAGAUUAAUACCAGAAUGCAAGAAGUUGUUGUUCUUUGGGAGACAUUGGUACAAGCUUCAGAUAAGAAAGGAUGCAAAUUGCAAGAAGCUUGCCAACAACAACAAUUCAACCGCACCAUUGAAGAUAUCGAGUUGUGGUUGAGUGAGAUUGAAGGACAAUUGUUGUCGGAAGACCAUGGCAAGGAUUUGACUUCCGUUCAAAAUUUGCAAAAGAAGCACGCUCUAUUGGAAGCCGAUGUUAUGGCUCAUCAAGAUCGUAUUGAGAGCAUUAAAGUUGCUGCCAAUAAGUUCAUUGAAUCUGGUCAUUUUGAUGCAGACAACAUUAGGAACAAGGAAUCGAACUUGACUGCUCGUUAUUCUGCUUUGGCUGCUCCAAUGGGAGAACGUAAGCAGCAUUUGUUGGAUUCUCUCCAAGUUCAGCAGUUGUUUAGGGAUUUGGAAGAUGAAGCUGCUUGGAUUCGUGAGAAGGAACCAAUUGCUGCCUCUACCAAUCGCGGUCGUGACUUGAUUGGUGUGCAAAAUCUCAUCAAGAAACAUCAAGCUGUAUUGGCUGAAGUCAAUAACCACGAUGCUCGUCUUGCAAAUGUCAUCAGUUCAGGAGAAAAUCUAUUGAAAGAUCAACCAUUUGCUAGUGAGGACAUUCGUCAGAGGUUGGAUACAUUGCAAGAGCAGUGGAACUCUUUGAAGGAGAAGUCUAACCAACGCAAACAAGACUUGGAAGAUUCUCUCCAAGCUCAUCAGUAUUUUGCUGAUGCCAAUGAAGCUGAAUCAUGGAUGCGUGAAAAGGAACCCAUUGCCACUGGUAACGAUUAUGGCAAGGAUGAAGAUUCAUCUGAGGCUCUUCUUAAGAAACAUGAAGCUUUAGUUUCUGAUUUGGAGGCUUUCGGCAAUACCAUCCAAGGAUUGCAAGAACAGGCUAAGAACUGUCGCCAGCAAGAGACUCCUGUGGUUGACAUCACCGGCAAGGAAUGUGUUGUAGCUCUUUAUGACUACUCUGAGAAGUCACCACGUGAGGUAUCAAUGAAGAAGGGUGAUGUCUUGACACUUCUUAAUUCCAACAACAAGGAUUGGUGGAAGGUUGAGGUUAAUGAUCGCCAAGGAUUCGUUCCAGCUGCUUAUAUUAAGAAAAUCGAAGCUGGACUCAGUGCCAGUCAGCAGAAUCUUGUCGAUAAUCAUUCAAUUUCAAAGAGGCAAAACCAAAUCAACUCGCAGUAUGACAAUUUACUUGCUUUGGCUAGGGAGCGUCAGAAUAAGCUAAACGAGACUACCAAGGCCUACGUUUUGGUCCGUGAAGCUGCCGAUUUAGCAGCUUGGAUCAAGGACAAAGAGAACCAUGCCCAGAUUGCUGAUGUUGUUGGAGAAGAUCUUGAGGAAGUUGAAGUUUUGCAGAAGAAGUUUGACGAUUUCAAUGACGAUCUUAAGGCCAACGAAGUACGUUUGGCAAAUAUGAAUGAAAUUGCUGUCCAGCUGACAUCACUUGGACAGACUGAAGCUGCUUUGAAGAUUCAAACUCAAAUGCAAGAUUUGAAUGACAAAUGGACCAAUUUGCAACAAUUGACCGCCGAGAAGGCCAGUCAAUUGGGAUCGGCUCAUGAGGUACAACGUUUCCAUCGUGAUAUUGACGAAACUAAGGAUUGGAUUGCCGAAAAGGAGAAUGCUCUUAAUAAUGACGAUCUUGGAAAGGAUUUGCGUAGUGUUCAAACUCUCCAAAGGAAACAUGAGGGAGUUGAACGCGAUUUGGCUGCUUUGCGCGAUAAGAUUCGUCAACUUGACGAAACUGCCAAUCGCUUAAUGCAAUCUCAUCCCGAUACUGCUGAUCAAACUUAUACCAAGCAAAAGGAAAUCAACGAGAUGUGGGAUCAAAUUAUCACUAAGGCAACCACACGCAAGGAGAAAUUGCUUGACUCAUAUGACUUGCAACGAUUCCUUAGCGACUAUCGUGACUUGUUGGCCUGGAUCAACUCAAUGAUGGGACUCGUUACAUCUGAUGAAUUAGCUAAUGAUGUAACUGGUGCUGAGGCACUGAUCGAACGUCACCAGGGUCAUCGCGCCGAAAUUGAAUUCCUUUAUGGAAUCAAUCUAUUGCCAGAGGAACAUCGUACAGAAAUCGAUGCCCGUUCUGGCACUUUUGCCGCCUUCGAACAAUUCGGUUCUGAAUUGCUGCAGGCUAAUCACUAUGCUUCACCUGAAAUCAGAGAGAAGAUUGACGAUCUCGCCAAGACCCGUGAGAAUUUGGAAAAGGCAUGGACCGAACGUCGUUUACAGUUGGAGCAGAACCUUGACUUGCAGUUGUACAUGCGCGACUGUGAACAAGCUGAAAACUGGAUGUCUGCCCGUGAGGCAUUCUUGAAUGCCGAAGAAGUCGACUCGAAGGGUGACAAUGUCGAGGCUUUGAUCAAAAAGCAUGAAGAUUUCGACAAGGCUAUCAAUGGCCAUGAGGAGAAGAUUGCUGCUUUGCAAGUUCUGGCCGAUACUCUGAUUGCCCAGAAUCAUUAUGCUUCUAAUUUGAUCGAUGACAAGCGCAAGCAGGUUUUGGAACGCUGGCGUCAUUUGAAGGAGGGUUUGAUCGAGAAGCGUUCACGUUUGGGAGAUGAGCAAACUUUGCAACAAUUCUCACGCGACGCUGAUGAAAUUGAGAACUGGAUCGCCGAGAAGUUGCAAUUGGCCAAGGAAGAAAGUUACAAGGAUCCAGCCAAUAUACAAUCCAAGCACCAGAAACAUCAAGCUUUCGAGGCUGAAUUGGCUGCAAAUGCUGAUCGUAUUCAAAGCGUUUUGGCAAUGGGUGAGAAUUUGAUUGACAAGAAGCAAUGCAGUGGAUCUGAAGAUGCUGUUCAGAAGCGUUUGACCCAAAUUGCCGACCAAUGGGAAUACCUUACCCACAAGACUACCGAGAAGUCGUUGAAGCUGAAGGAAGCAAACAAGCAACGCACUUACAUUGCUGCUGUUAAGGAUUUGGACUUUUGGUUGGGUGAAGUAGAGAGUCUACUCACCACAGAGGAUGCGGGCAAGGACCUUGCUUCCGUUCAAAAUCUAAUGAAGAAGCAUCAACUCGUCGAGGCUGAUAUCCUUGCUCAUGAAGAUCGUAUCAAGGACAUGAAUAACCAAGCUGAUUCUUUGGUUGACAGUGGUCAGUUCGAUAGCGCUGGAAUCCAAGAGAAGCGUCAAAGUAUCAAUGAGCGUUAUGAACGCAUUUGCAAUUUGGCCGCUCAUCGUCAAGCUCGUUUGAAUGAAGCUCUCACUUUGCAUCAGUUCUUCCGUGACAUUGCCGACGAGGAGUCCUGGAUCAAGGAGAAGAAAUUGUUGGUCGGUUCCGAUGAUUAUGGACGUGACUUGACUGGAGUCCAGAAUUUGAAGAAGAAGCAUAAGCGUCUCGAAGCCGAAUUGGCUUCACAUGAGCCAGCUAUUCAAGCUGUACAAGAAGCCGGAGAGAAACUUAUGGAUGUCUCCAAUUUGGGAGUACCCGAAAUCGAACAAAGAUUGAAGGCUCUCAACCAAGCAUGGGCCGAACUCAAGAAUUUGGCUGCUACACGUGGACAGAAACUUGACGAGUCUUUGACUUAUCAACAAUUCUUGGCUCAGGUUGAAGAAGAAGAAGCCUGGAUUACCGAGAAACAACAACUUUUGUCGGUGGAUGAUUAUGGUGACUCCAUGGCAGCUGUUCAGGGACUCUUGAAGAAGCAUGAUGCUUUUGAAACCGAUUUUGCUGCCCACAAAGAUCGUUGCUCAUUGAUUUGCGAACAAGGUUCUGACUUGGUUGAGGCCAAGAACCAUCAUGGAGAAUCUAUUGCUCAGAGAUGCCAGCAACUUCGUACGAAAUUGGAGAAUUUGAACUCCUUGGCAGCCAGACGCAAGGGAGCUUUGUUGGAUAACUCGGCAUACUUGCAAUUCAUGUGGAAGGCCGAUGUUGUUGAGAGCUGGAUUGCCGACAAGGAGAACUAUGUUCGAUCUGAUGAAUAUGGACGUGACUUGUCUACAGUUCAAACGCUCUUGACCAAACAAGAGACAUUCGAUGCUGGUCUCAAUGCCUUUGAACAAGAAGGCAUCCAUAACAUCACAGCCCUUAAAGAUCAACUCAUCAAUGCAAAUCAUGCUCAAUCGGCGGCUAUUCUCAAGCGUCACGAGGAUGUCCUCUCGCGUUGGCAAAAACUUCGCGAUGCCUCCGAAACACGCAAACAGCGUCUUCUUGCCAUGCAAGAGCAAUUCCGUCAAAUCGAGGAGUUGUACUUGACAUUUGCCAAGAAGGCUUCGGCAUUCAAUUCAUGGUUCGAGAAUGCCGAAGAGGAUCUCACCGAUCCGGUUCGUUGUAAUUCGAUUGAGGAAAUUCGUGCUCUACGCGAAGCUCAUGCCCAAUUCCAAGCAUCUUUGUCAUCAGCUGAAGCUGAUUUCAAGGCACUUGCUGCUCUCGAUCAAAAGAUUAAGAGUUUCAAUGUUGGACCAAAUCCAUACACUUGGUUUACCAUGGAAGCACUCGAAGAGACUUGGCGUAAUUUGCAAAAGAUCAUUGAAGAACGUGAUGGUGAGUUAGCUAAGGAGGCCAAACGUCAAGAGGAGAACGAUAAACUUAGGAAGGAGUUUGCCAAACAUGCCAAUCUAUUCCAUCAAUGGUUAACUGAAACAAGAACAUCAAUGAUGGAAGGAUCUGGUUCUCUGGAACAACAACUGGAAGCCCUUCGUAUUAAAGCCUCCGAAGUGCGUGCUCGUCGUGUCGAUUUGAAGAAAAUCGAAGAACUCGGUGCACUUUUAGAGGAGCAUCUAAUUUUGGACAAUCGUUACACAGAACACUCUACAGUCGGUCUGGCCCAGCAAUGGGAUCAAUUGGAUCAACUAUCAAUGAGAAUGCAACACAAUUUGGAACAACAAAUUCAGGCUAGAAAUCAUUCGGGAGUAUCAGAGGAUUCACUCAAAGAAUUCUCAAUGAUGUUCAAACACUUUGACAAAGACAAAUCUGGAAAACUUAAUCAUCAAGAAUUCAAAUCCUGUCUGCGUGCUUUGGGUUAUGAUCUGCCAAUGGUCGAAGAAGGACAACCUGACCCCGAAUUUGAAGCAAUUCUUGAUGUUGUCGAUCCCAACCGCGAUGGAUAUGUAUCGUUGCAAGAAUACAUUGCAUUUAUGAUUUCCAAAGAAACAGAAAAUGUUCAAAGUUAUGAAGAAAUCGAAAAUGCUUUCCGCGCUAUUACUGCCUCCGAUCGUCCCUAUGUUACAAAGGAAGAGCUUUAUUGCAACCUCACAAAGGACAUGGCGGAUUAUUGUGUUCAGCGUAUGAAACCCUACAGUGACACCCGCUCAGGCCAGUCUAUCAAAGAUGCCCUCGACUAUAUCGAUUUUACUCGAACAUUAUUCCAAAAUUAAGCAUCGCCCGACGGGAUAUGUCUUUGUUUAACGUUUUUAACAUCAUAAUUUUAUUUUAGAAUUUAAGUAUUUUAUGAGAAGAGUCUUUAUAUUUAUAAAAAAAAAAAAAACAAAAUCAAAUCAAAUAUUAAAAAAAAACAAAAAAACGCAAUAUUAAUUCAAGGUUUGAUCCCUUAUUAUAUUAAAGAAGAAUAUAUAUCUGCAUUUCUUUUAUUUCUAAUUCUUUACACAUGAAGAAAGUAGCAAUUAUUUUAUACAUUGAAUAUUAUGUGCGCCUAUAUUUUCACACCAUUUAAUUGCAUUUACAAAAAACAAUUUUUGUCUUAGUUCUAGCUGGAAUAGCUUUCCUUUUUCAAUGAAAAGAAAAAUAAUAAUACAAAAAAAAUAAUGUCAUAGACAAAAACGACGAAUUAAAAAAAUUUCUACCAAACGAACCAGUGUUAGUAUAUCCUUCCAAAAUUAUAUUAAAAUUUAUAAAAAUAAUAAAAAAAAAA